AUGGAGAAGCUGAAGAUGACGUUGCUGACCCUUCGUGCUCUGCUCAAUGAUGCGGAGAAGCAGAUUGUGAACCCUGCUGUUGGAAUGUGGCUUGACGAGCUAAAACAUGCAAUCUUCGAUGCGGAUGACCUACUGGACAAGAUCGAUACUAGAGCUCCGCAACAUCAAACCAAGAAAACCCAGGUGUGGAAAUUCAUUUCUACUUCUGUCAAUCCUUUGUAUCAAGGCAUGAACAUGAAUGGUAGGAUAGAAGAGUUACUCAAAAGACUAGAAGGAUAUCCUUGGCCUUAG